UCAAGGCCAUCAUGGCACAAGAUGGGCGAGCGAGCUUCGGCUAGCGAGGAUGACUGUGCGCUUAAGGAAUGACGUCUGAUCAUGACUCCGCUGCCCGCCCUAGCAAUGCCAAUGAUGCCGCCAUUGAGCUAAGUGCUCUCUCAGUGCAACGUGGAGAACUUCGAGGUGAUCCUGUAACCUUCGCCUUCGACAGCUCGGCAUUAUCAAACGCCCGAAAGCUCAAGGCGUUCGGCUUUGUGCGUUUCGUCGCGGCCUGGCACAUCAUCGCCUUCCACAUCGCGCUGUCAACUUCAUCAUCAUAUAAAUGUGAGUCUGUACCAUGCAACUUCGCUCUGUGGGGCCAGAGCUGGGUCACAUUUUUCUUUCUACUGUCAGGUUUUAUGAUCGCAUACUCCCAGCUUCUGAAGCCAGACCCUUCGCGACUUGGAACGGCCUUGUCUUUCAUGCGAAGGCGCUUGGCAAGUGUGUACCCGUUGUAUGUAUUGAGUUGUCUUUUACACAUGACAAUUCUGCUGUGCCUAGGGGCAGCCGUACCAUCUUCGUGGUGGACCUCUUUGCCGCUUUAUCUAGCGGCCUUCGGCCCAUCCUCUCGGCCCGUCAGCCGCUGUGCUUUGGGGGGUAGUGGUUUCGUAUUUGGGUGGGAGGCAUGGUCAUUUGGCCUGAUGCGUUCCCCGAGGCCAAAAACACGAAUACCACGUGCUUUCGUUUUGUAUGAGGGCCCAGGAAGCUCACGCGACAUACCGUGGCACAUAUGGGGAAUCUGGUGACAUUCGUAGUCUGGGCUUUUCAUAAUCAUAAGCAUGCCUGAGGUGCUCAGCGCUGAAAACUGCAUGUGCGUCAGAGCGCUCUACUACGUGCUCAAGGCGCGGUGACGGAUCUGCUGAUGUUGCAAACAUGGACCUGGCAGAGUUGCAACAACAGCAUGUUCUGUUGCCAAACGUGGAGUCGGGUUACUUGGUAUGUCGCCGAUCUGGUUUUCUAUUGGCUGUGCUUCUUCUACGUGUUUCCUCGCUUCAAAGCGCUCUCCAAUCGUGCUACCAAGGUUGGUUUCAUCUUUGGGAUGGUGUGUACAUGCGUGUGGCCAUGCGUCAUAUAUUUGCACUUCGGUGCCGGUGAUCCGAUUCCAUGGGAAGCUCCAUUGGUACGGCUGGCAUUGUAUCAUCCAAUUUCGUUUGCGCACGUGUUCUGGAGCGGCAUGUGCUUAGCAAAGAUGUUUGUUGCGAGGAGCGAGCAAGGUGGGGACAAUAUGGAUUUACUCUACUCCUGGAGCACAGAAGUUUCGCUUGCCAUCAUGCUGCUCGUCUUCCUCCUAGUCGACAUGUCCGAGCCGCUCGUGUUUUGCGUGCGGUCGGGCGUUCUUCUGCCACUCCAGGCGCUUUUCCUUUGGGGCCUUGCAGCUGAGGACGGCGUCCUUCCGCGACUUCUGUGUCGCGGGCCGCUGCCACAAUUGGGGGAUCUCUCGUUAGGGCUUUACGUCUUGCAGGAUGCGUUGGCGAUAGAGGUUUGGAUGCCGAAAGGGCUCUUGUUCAUGCUCGUCCCUCCAGCGUAUCUCGCUAUAGUAUUCGCUGCCCACCGCCUCAUUGAAAAACCAAUGGCAACGCUGUUCCUAAGGUGACUUAGGCGUCAGUUUGCAGGUCAGGGGAAUAAUCGAGCUCGCAGUUUUUAGGAUGCCUUCCUCAGCCUCGUCCUACUCUCCCUCCUCGUCGUCUUCUGUCCGUGCUCGUGCGACUUACUAUAAGCUCGUGUUUUGUGCACCCAGCCAGUUUCACUUACUCUCUGAGCUUCGCUGGGGCGAUCACAAGGCAAGGGUUGGAGGCAGUAUUUCCACUGCCCUCGGCAAUCUGGACCUCAAACGUGGGUGGCGCAGUCUAAUUGUAUGUUUGACGGUCUGGACUUGGGUGACAUUGCGUGAGAAGUAAUUUGCGCCGCCUUCUCUCCAAUGCCGAUCAUCAUGGAAUUCCAGACGCUUCGCGUAACCCCACCAGUUUCGACCCGCUCUCUGGAAUCUUCCUUGGAUCCGAAAAAAAGCGUAACCCCACCA